AUGGGCUCCGUCAAGGGAACCCUUGUCCCCUACCUCUUCAUCCUAGUUGCAUAUGUUCUCGAGUGCCUCAUCCUCACCAUUGGUGCCAAUGAUGACAGGCCAAACAAUAUAAGAGAAUUUUUGGAGAUUGACGGUAUAUAUGUAACUACAACUCAAGUCAAUAGCCAUCUACAGAAAUACAGAAGAGACUGCCGUAAGGGUGGGCUAUCAACCAUGCCAAGCUCUAGGCCAUCACAUUCUAAUAAUACUUCCAAGAACUAUUCGGAAUCUCAAGAAAGUGAGGGAAGUUACAGAUUCCAUAUGAGGUCCCAGGGAGCAAGGGAUAUUAACCAAACCAGCUGGCUAAGCGGUGGUGCAUCACAAGUUGACUAUGGCGUUCCUGGAAAUGGGAACCACACAACUAAUCUUGGUGCAGGUGCUGCUUAUGGUCAUGGUUAUCAUCAUGGUGAUGGCAUUGGCGACAUAAAUGGUUAUCAUCAUCAUUAUGGUACUCUCAGUGCUAAUGAUUAUGAUCAUCAUUAUGGUAAUGGCAAUAAUAAAUCUUAUGGUUAUCCUCACGGUAAUUCUAAUGACAAUGAUUACGGUAAUGUUAAUGGUGGUCGCGGUGGAGUUAUAACAAGUGGAAGCAUGGUAAGUGCAUCAUUGGCGUCCAACCUAGCACCGGCAGUACAAUAUGGAAUGCGUGGAGAUGCUUCUGCUGGUCAGACCAGUGCAGUGCAGCCUCAAAACGUUGACGGUGUUUUUCUCAACUGGGGCAACACUAGUUCUGAAACAGCCGGCACAUCAAGUGGAAAUGGUGUAGUGACAGGCGGGAUGAUUCGUGGGCUAACUAUGGAGGAAUUAGAAAACCUUACAAAGCACUAG